AUAAAACCAGCCUGGUGUAGUGGAGGCAGAACAGCUCUUAAUUUAACUCAAUGCAUCAGCAAGCAUGACAAACAUCCACUUCUCAGCACAUCGCCAAGACCCCCGGUUACGCAUACCCAUUUCACAAGACCCCAGCUACAGACGGACCAAUGCCACCGGUUAAAACGGAAGAUGGCCAAUUCGGGAAUCCAGCUGUUGGGGUUCGUCAGUUCGCUCAUCGGCUUGGUGGGCCUGAUCAUCGGAACUAUUCUGCCCCAGUGGAAGAUGUCUGCGUACAUCGGCGACAACAUCAUCACGGCGGUGGCAAUGUACCAGGGGCUGUGGAUGUCGUGCGCGUUUCAGAGCACGGGACAACUCCAGUGCAAGAUCUACGACUCGAUCCUGCAACUGGACAGCGCCCUGCAGGCCACACGCGCGCUGAUGAUCGUGGGGAUCGUGGUGUCCAUCGCCGGGCUGGCCGUGGCCUGCAUGGGCAUGAAGUGCACCACCUGUGGGGCGGGCGAUCGCAUACGCAAGGCCCGCAUCGCCAUGGUGGGAGGCAUCAUCCUGCUGUUGGGAGGUCUGUGUUGCAUUGUGGCAUGCUCCUGGUUUGCCCACAACGUCAUCCGAGCCUUUUACAACCCCUACACUCCCAUCAACACCAAAUUUGAGUUUGGCGCCGCCAUCUUCAUCGCGUGGGGCGGCUCUCUGCUGGACGUCCUGGGCGGUGCCAUGCUGGCUGCUUCCUGUCCCAGGGGGAAGCACGUGGCCAAGUACCCGUCUGCGGUGGCCGCGGCGGCGGCCCGAUCAGGCCCGCCCAGCGUCAGCAACAAGGAGUACGUCUAAAAGCAGGCCAGCCGUUGCCUCCGAGGGCAACAGCCGAUCCGCACUUCAGAACCUGGGGGAAAGAUCUUCCAGAGGAGGAUCGUGUUUUGAAUUUCAAUUUGGGCGGGAGCAGUUAUGGAUCGAGGGGGGAAAUAACGACUAAAAAUAUAUAUUUGAUUUUCCCCUUCAAGAGCAUUUCCCACAGUUAUCAGUGCUAUCAAUUGUUUCUUAUCCCAAUGUAUGUCGUCCUCAGUGUCACUCAUUCGCAACAUUCCACAUUUGUUUACACAUAGUCUUCAACAAUGCAUUAUAAUUACACCACCUUAUUUAAUGUCAGGCCCUUGUAGAACAUUUUUCUUAACUUUUGUAUUAUUUGUAACCGUACCGGUGGAUAAUGGCCAACUCUUGCACAUCGCUGUUAGGAUAGUAUCAUCCAUUACGUAGUCUGUUUAAUUGAAAGCAAUCAAUUUCAAUUUGGUGCUUAGAAGCCUCACUCAGGGUGGACAACUACAUUCCCCUGACAGAGAUAGAGAUAGACUGGCCAUUUAUCACUAUAAUGUUUUAUAUUAGCUGCACGGCAGCUGUGUAAUAGAGCUAGUUGUUAGCUAGGUGUGAUUUGGCACUCCUAGUGCUGUGUAUAUAAACGCCCAGCAUCUUGCUUCUACAACGUUAACCCUGUGCCACAUAGUGCUCUUCAUACCACUCUGUUAUAAUCCCUGCUCCGAUAUGAAAUACUUUUUAAUGUAGUCACUGUUCUCUUUUGAGAGUGUACGAGAGUGUGUAUGUGUAUAAGUCAAAUAUACCACUGAGCUAUACUUAAAAGAGAAGUGUAACGUAGUUUGGUUCUAUACUGGUAUCCACUUACAGACAGAAACCCCUGAAUUUGAUGUUUUUUCAAGUUCGGAAAAACUUGUACAAUUAGCAAAUAAAAAAUUGUGACAGGUAAAAGGUACAAAAUUGUCAACUAAUGCACAUUUCUUCAAAUACAGUUAUGCUUUUGUGCUUUAUGUCAUUUGAAAAUCCUCACAUAGCCUAUUAACUCCUUUUUCUUAGCAUAUAUCACUGGCCAUUGCAUAAAACCAUUUUGGUAAAACAGAUUGAAAAGUUAAAAAUUUACAAACUGCCUCUGCUAGAUGACAUAGUAUGAAGUCGGGUUCAUUGAUGGUGGUUUUGAAGUUGUCGUCGUCAGUUGCAUUCUUACAAGGAGUGAAAAGCCGUAGGUUUUAUUUUAGGUUUUUUUUAAUUAAAUCUUGUGUUUUGACCAGUGUCUUUUAUUUUGAUGUGUCAUAUUGUCGUAUUCUUUAAUCUAUGCAAGACUACCAAAUUUGUGAAGAAAUAAUAAACAGUUAAUAUGAGUCCACAUGACAGCACAAUGAAUACAUGGUUCAUAAAUCAAUACGUCAAUAGUCUAAGAAUAUUUCUCAAAGAAUCAUCAUUUAUUACCCAGGAUGCAUUGCAAAAACUACAUUUUCAUGCAAUUGGUAAUUUAGACAGCCCAAAGAAACACAAGUCAGUGUCAACACAGAUCAAUACAAAACUUUCAAUACACACAUACGCGCACACACACACACACAAAAAGGCAUCAUCAUCACUGGGUCUUUGUGUAAAGUCACACCUCCCAGCCUCUUAAUAAAUAAAGUCAGUGCGCUGCUCCUCCGAAAACCAUUAUAAAUCUCAUUCUUCUACCAGCUGGAGUCAAAUGGUAGUCUUCAAAAUAACGCCCUCCUGAACCACAAACGACCUUGAGUGUGUUAACAUCAGAGUGGUUUCGAAAUAGUCACAACGUAGUAAUGUAAAGAGCUGUUAACCAAUCAGUUGUCAUGCAAGGUAGACAGCCAUCACAACCAAUACAAAAAUAAAAUUAAACGUUAAGCGGUAUUCUACUUUUGGCAAAUUACCUCAUGCCACAAAUAAGCCAAAACCAUGCCACUCAGACCUCGUUGCGACAUCAUACCACCGCGUCAGCAUUUCAUACAGCUAGUAGUCUCCAGAACAAAAAUCUGUUUUCUAAAUACUAGUGCAUUGUCUCUUGGUUACAGUGUGGUUAUUUUUUCAUGACUCACACUUCAUGCAUAGAUUUGUUAAGCAGGCCUGGCGAUGGGUAGGGAUUCCCGGAGUGUGCA